UGUGUGCGUGCGCGCUACACCCACUCGCGUGCACGUGCGCGCGCGGGGCGGAGGAUCGCCGUACUGUGCAGCGGGCACAAGCCGCUGGGCGCGCACGAGAAGCCGCAAAAAAAAGAUUUUUUUUUUUGCAGACGCUACUUGAAGCCCGCGAGGAGCGCAGAGAGAGAUUCCAAAAUGGGAGGCAAGCUCAGCAAGAAGAAGAAGGGAUACAGCGUGAACGAUGACAAGGCCAAGGACAAGGACGCCAAGGCAGAGGGGGCCUCUGCCGAGGAGAGCGAAGCGCCAAAGGACAACAAGGACGAGGCUGCGGGGGCCGCCGACGCCAAGGAGGUAGCCAACGACACGGCGGCCAAAGAGGCGCCGGCCGCGGACGCCGCGGCGCCCAAGGAGGAGGAGAAGAACGCCGCUCCCGCCGCCAAGGAGCCCGAGAAACCCGCCGCCAACGCCGAGCCCGCCAAGGCCGAGGAGAAACCAGCAGCCCCCGCCCCGGCCAAGGACUCGGCCCCCGCCGCCGCGGCGCCCGAGGCCAAGGCCGCGGCGCCCGAGAGCAAAGACGAGGCCGGCGCCAAAAAGACUGAGGCCCCCGCGGCACCAGCAGCCAAAGCCGAGGCCUCGGCCGACCCCAAGCCCAAGGAGGCCGCCGCCCCGAGUCCAGCACCGGCCGCCGAGCCCCCCCCCCCCAAGGAGGCCAACGCCGCCGAGGCGCCGAGCAAGGAUCAAACCGUAGCAGUUCAAGAUUAAUGGACAGCUUCUCCUCGGAAACAAGUGAAGUACGCAACUCGACGACGAUGAAGAUUAAAAAAGCAACAAAAAAAGAUAUUAACUACCCCCCCCCCCCCAUAUUAUGAUGAUGAUGAUAAUAAUGUCAUGUUGAUGAAUUGUUGAUUAAGGAAGACGAGAAGAUGAUUAUUGCUAUUAUUAUUAUUAUUACGUUUUACUCUAUUUUUUCUGCUGUGGUAUUUGAACUUUGAUACGAGUUUGUGUCGGUCGCCAUCCUUCAUCUUCACGCUCCUCCAUACGCCAACACGCCCCCCCCCCCCAACCCCCCGACACCCCCCUGCAGCACCCACGUAUUGGGGGUAAAAUGGGGCCGAGGGGGGGGGGGGGGGGGGUCGCGUUGCUGCAGGUUUUCCUCUCGGCCGAAGACGUAGAGGGUUUAGAUCUCAUCACUUAAGGCUUCCUCAGACACUCAGGAGAACCAAGCAGAACUUUGCAGAGAAAACACGUUCUUAGACGCAUCAAACAGUCGUUUUUCAGAUAAACCUCUAGAUUUUGUACUGAAACACUUAGUUAUGUUCUAAGUGAACUAAGCAGUUUUUUAACAUUUGUAAAACACUUAUAAAAUAAGGCAAAGCCUCGCUGCAAAGGUCUCCUACGUGUUCUUGGAAAACCAACGACUCUACAAACCAAUCUGAUGACCAAUGUGAACAGAUUUUAGACGCAAGAGAAAAACCUGCAGUUAGUUGGGAUUGAAGCUCCUUUGGAUGCAUGAGUUCAUCUCCCCCCCCCCCCCCGUAGAUCCCGCCUGCAGCGUGAAACCUCCCCAUUGAAAACCAGUCUGGUAUCCGGCCCAGCUCGAUCUGCUUCUGGUCCGCGUUCCCAUGGCAACCGCACGCCGCGCUGUCAUCGCUUGGGUCCAACCUCCUCUCGAAGCGUCUCUGUGGACGACAUGCAGGCUGCAUGCGGGCUGCAUGGCUGCAGCGGUGGGAGAAGGAAGCUCUUUGCAUGCUCCACUCGUCUCGCUCGCAUGGAGCAGUUUGCUCUCAGAGAAGAACCAUCGGCGACGUGUAGCAUUCUGUUCCUGAGAUGAACUGAGGUCACAUGACCACGGUGACCCCCCCCCCCCCCCGGUGCUCCAGCAUAUGUGCUUUCCUUGUUUCUACCGAUGCAUACAUGCAGAUCUAUAAUGUAUGUAUAUAUUCAUUCAUCUCACACUUCCUGUUCCACCCGAGCGAUGCGCGGCGUCUUCCUCGCAGCACCGUAGCAGAAACACACUCUGGGGGGGGGCGCUGCGUGUCCUGGGUUCCCCCCCCCCCCCCCUCCUCUUGACUCAGUGAUUUGCAUGUCCGUGGUUGGGUGAACCUGUGGUCCUGUCUGUUUGGUCAAGUGGAAAAAAAAAAAUCUUUCUCAGUCUGCAUCCGUGACUUCAGUCGAUAUAUUUCCAUCCCAUGCGUCACCGCCGCUCCUCACACGCUCAUCCAGACGCCAACAAGGUCACAUGUGAUGCAUUCAAACGUAUAUGUACUUGUAUAAAUGGUGCAACAGUAAUAAAAUGUGAGAAAUUGACUGAAACUCGA